AAUCACCAGAAUGAAGAAGAUGAUAAAAAAAAAUCCUAAGGUUUGUUAUGAAACAAAAAAGAAUCAAAAGCGAUUUUUAACCGGCAAAAACAUAACACAUGAACUAGGAAGACAAAGACCAAUUGUUUUUAGCAGAAAUUAAGAUAAAGUGUGGAAGAAAAGAUAAGCAGCACUAGUUAAAUCCUGGCAAAUGGGUCCCAGUUCUUUAUAAAGUGAGCAGCAGAAUUCUUCCAUGAAACCAAACAAGAACAUUUACUUAAAAAACCCAACAUCUAUUAAUGAUCUUCUUUCUUUUUUCCUGUUUGGGUUUUUAAAUUCUGUUAAUUAAUUAAAUAAAUGAUAAUACUUUUUUUUAAAAAUGGUCAUUUAAUUAAAAAACCCAACACCCAAAAUUGAUGAUGAAUUCAUGAGCAUGAUCAUAUGGAACAAAGAAGAAGUAAAAUACACUUUCUUAUGGGGAUCUUUUGUAGAACUAGUAAAAUGGGAUUUUUUAAAAAUAUUAUUAAUUUUCUUUUUUUAACGAAGAACACAGAAAAAAGAAAUGCAGAGAGCAGAGAUGAUAAAAGAAAUUUCUUUUUAUUUUUGGGGAUUCUCAAAGUUUGACAACAAGUAAUAAUGUAGUUGAAAAAUAAUAUCUUUUCAAUUACGGUAACAUGAUGUUAAUUGUUAGGCUUUUACCAUCAAACAAACGUGAAAGAAACAGAUUAAAAUAUAAAAAAAAAGUCAAUUAAGAAAUUUAAUUUAACAAAUUGGUUUUCUUUUUUCCCAUUUUUUGUUUGUGUUUUUGGAUUUGAUUUUAGAUAUAUGAGAAUGUGAUUGGGGAAAAAGGAAACUGUAGUAAUUAAAAUGCAUACUGACAACAAAGGGGAAAAAAAAGGGCUUUUGAGGCUGUUUGAUUUUUAAUUAAACAAUCCAAAAUAAAAAGGUUUUAAUUUUAGCUGCAAUUAUUUAUUGCGUGACUUUGAUUUUUAUCGGAUUUUGAUUUUGGGUUUUUAUUUUUAUUCCUUUUUUUUUUUUAUCAAAGGGGUGUGUGUGUGAGGGGGAAUUUUUAUUAGGCGAAAGCAAAGAUGUGUCCUUUCGGGGUUUUUUAUUAGAGAUUUCUUUAUUAUUAGAGUGUGUCUUCAUAAACUUAGGGUUCCUUUUUUUCUUCUUUACUUUUUCGAUUUUUGUUUGCUUCCUUCUGUUUGUAAGGAAUUUUGCUCAUUUGGGUCUUCGAUUCUCUUACUAAUCUCAUUUGGGUGGGUGAGUUUUCUUCAAUUUUUGUACUCUCUCAACUUUUUGGUGUUUUAGGGAUUUUGAUUUCAAGUCCCUGCAAAUACAAAUGGAACUUCCUUUUAGUCUCUUAUUACAUCUCUGGUAGAAUUUUGAAAAAAUUCCAGAGGUUUUUGAGUUUUCAGAUUCACUGUAGGCUUUUUAGCGUUUUGAUUUGAUUUCACAGUUAGUAUUCUUUUUAAGUUUUUGGGAAGAAGAGGCAUUGGUAACUUAGUGGCAAGCUUGAGUUUUGUUGGUUCUGGCAUGUUUGCAUGAUGUUUAGUGCUCAAGGGUCUUCAAGGAACCAUUGCAGUCUCCUUGCAGUUCUUUGUGGCGGUAAAGUUUCUGAUAAUAAGCAAAAGCAACCUGUUUCUGAUGAUAAGCCCAGAUACCCGUUUCCAGAGCUUUCUUCUUCAGGGCGCCUUGAGGUUCAGCUUCUGAAUAAUCCUAGUAUUGAUGAGUUCCGGCGGGUUUUUGAAUCAUUUGAGCCUAAUAUUGUUUACUUACAAGGAGAGCAGAUUGCUGAUAGUGAAGAAAUUGGCUCCCUGUUUUUGGGGGAUGUUGACUUGUCUACUCCAGAAGCUUUAUGUGGAGUCUUUGGUUCUACAUUUCCUACCACUGUUUACUUAGAGAUUCCCAAUGGUGUCAAAUUGGCAGAGGGACUUCACUCCAAGGGAGUACCUUAUGUUAUAUAUUGGAAAAAUACAUUCUCUCGUUAUGUUGCUUGCCAUUUUCGUCAAGCACUGUUAUCAGUGAUUCAAAGUUCAUGUAGCCAUACAUGGGAUGCAUUCCAAUUUGCAAAUGCUUCUUUUAAACUGUACUGUGUACGGAACAACAAUAUUGUCUCUUCUAAUAGUCAAAAGCAAAGUAUUAAGCCAGGACCACAUCUACUUGGGGAGCCUCCCAAGAUUGAUGUUUCUCAACCAGAGGUAGAUAUGCAAGAGCAAGAAGACUCUCCUGAAAAUCUUCCUGCCAUAAAGAUAUAUGAUGAUGAUGUGACUAUGAGGUUUCUUGUUUGUGGAUCUCCAUGUACAUUGGAUGCUGUCCUUUUGGGAUCUUUGGAGGAUGGCCUUAAUGCCCUCUUAAGCAUUGAAAUACGAGGGAGCAAACUCCAUAACCGAGCAAGUGCUCCACCACCACCUCUUCAGGCGGGGACAUUUUCUCGUGGUGUAGUCACCAUGCGUUGCGACUUUUCAACUUGCAGUUCGGCUCACAUAUCACUUUUAGUGUCUGGUAGCGCACAAACUUGUUUUAAUGAUCAGCUUUUGGAAAAUCAUAUAAAAAAUGAGCUUAUUGAGAAGAGUCAACUAGUCCAUGCACAAUCAAGUUCCGAGGAGAGCAAAUUGCCUUCAUCCGAGCCUCGUAGAUCAACCUCAAUUGCCUGUGGAGCAAGUGUGUUUGAAGUGUGCAUGAAGGUUCCCACAUGGGCUUCGCAGGUUCUGCGGCAACUUGCACCAGAUGUGUCAUACCGCAGCCUAGUUAUGCUGGGGAUUGCUAGCAUUCAAGGUUUGUCGGUUGCAUCUUUUGAAAAAGAUGAUGCUGAACGUCUUCUUUUCUUUUGCAAAAAGCUGAGCAAAGAUCCCCUCUUGGGUAGUUCUCUAAUUUCCAGAACUCCCAGUUGGUUGGUGCCGCCGGCACCUAGUCGUAAAAGACCAGAGCCGUAUAAAGACACUAAAUCUCUAAACUGUACCAUCAUGGAAGGUGUAAAUGGUUUGACAAGACCAAAAAUCAAUGUUGCUGCUAUGAGGCCAAUUCCUCACACCCAGCGUCAUAAGAUGCUUCCCUUUUCUGGAUUUUCUGAGGCUGAGAGAUAUGAUGGUGACCAAGGAAAGGUUAACUUGCCAUUAGCUCCUGUGAAGCAACCUGCUCCUGUUACACACCGGAAAGCAUUGUCGAGUUCUUAUCAAGCCCAGCAAAUUAUUUCUUUAAAUCCAUUACCCCUUAAGAAACAUGGUUGUGGUAGAGCCCCGAUACAGGUUUGCUCAGAGGAAGAAUUUUUGAGAGAUGUAAUGCAGUUUCUGAUUUUUCGAGGACAUACUCGGCUUGUUCCUCAAGGAGGGUUAGCUGAGUUUCCUGAUGCCAUUCUGAAUGCGAAGCGUCUUGACCUUUUUAACUUGUAUAGAGAGGUGGUGUCGAGAGGAGGCUUUAAUGUCGGGAAUGGCAUAAAUUGGAAAGGACAAGUAUUUUCGAAGAUGCGCAAUCACACAUUGACGAAUAGAAUGACUGGGGUGGGCAACACUCUGAAAAGACAUUACGAGACUUACCUUUUAGAGUAUGAAUUGGCUCACGACGAUGUGGAUGGAGAAUGCUGCUUGUUAUGUCACAGUAGCGCAGCUGGUGAUUGGGUAAACUGUGGAGUUUGUGACGAAUGGGCUCACUUCGGCUGUGAUAGGCGGCAGGGGCUUGGAGCCUUUAAGGAUUAUGCGAAAACAGACGGGCUGGAGUACGUUUGUCCACACUGCAGCAUCUCGAGUUUUAAGAAGAAAGCAGCGAAAACUAUGAAUGGUUAUUGACAAAACUUUGACACUCACUUUAGAUCCCCCAACUUAGAAAUUUGUCUCAUUGUCCCUUUUUUUUUUUUUUGUCAUUUUCAUUUUUCUUUACUCACUAUAACGCAUGAGAUAAGGCACGAUAUUAGGAAAUGUAAUUAUUGUAUUGUAAUCCCCCAUUGUUGUUCUCAUAUAUAGAUCACGCCAUUAACGAAGUUCCCCCUCAACCCUUAAUUCCACCAAUAUUUUGUAAUCUGGUAAACAGAGAUGAGUAAUUGUAGAAAAAAUUAACAUUUCCCUAUUUUACUCAAUUAGAUUUAAUGAGGUAGUUUUUUGUUAAACAA